AUGGCGUUGCAGAGAUCAACGGCGUCGUUUAGGAGACAAGGAUCGUCGGGACUCAUCUGGAACGACAGAUUCUUGAGCGGGGAGAUUCGCAACGACGAAAGACAAGAAGAUCGGUGUAACGAUCAUCGCGACGGACCAAUGGCGGCUGCGGCGGCAACCGUACAACGGAGCGCAUCGGACGGAGGACGUGGCCACGUUGGUGGAAGAUUGGUCGACAUGUCUCCAACGUUGGAUCCACCUUCCCCUAAAAUCUCUGUUGGUUGUGGCUUCUGUUCUCUGUUUUCGUCUAAUCGGAGAAGGAGAAGCAGAGGAAGGAGAAGAUCAAGCUGUGGAAGUACAUAA